GGCCGGUCCUGUCGAGCAGCACGGCCCGGGGACGCCGCCGAGUCGCGCGCGCUGCCAGCCCCGAGGUUACGUGCGUGAAGGGCCCUGCGCAGGACCCGCGUGCGCGAACUCAGUAAUUUUCUUCCUCUGUGGAGGAUAGUCACUCUGAAACAGCAAACAAGUGUCCUCAGUAUCCAGGGAAGUAGUUCAUCUGAUUCUGAAGACUCCAGUGAAUUGAUCGGUGAUAGGAAGUGAAAUCACAUGGAUGUUGGUGAGUACCCCAUGGCAGCUGUUACUUCAUGUGGUUCAUUCAGAGUGAACUAUAACUUGGAAGCCUCCUUUAGAAUGAAGAGGAACAGUUUAUCUGUUGUGAAUAAAAUUGUCCAGUCUUCACCAGCAGUGAAACAACCAAAAGUUGGGUUCUACUCUUCUCUCAGCCACACCCACAUGCACACUGUUCUUCUAGACUGGGGGAGUUUGCCUCACCACGUAGUAUUACGCAUUUUUCAGUAUCUUCCUUUAAUAGAUCGGGCCCGGGCAUCUUCAGUAUGUAGGAAAUGGAAUGAAGUUUUUCAUAUUCCUGACCUUUGGAGAAAGUUUGAAUUUGAACUGAACCAAUCAGCAACUUCAUAUUUUAAGUCUACACAUCCUGAUCUCAUUCAGCAGAUCAUUAAAAAGCAUGCUACCCAUCUCCAGUAUAUCAGCUUUAAGGUUGACAGUAGUACUGAAUCAGCAGAAGCUGCCUGUGAUAUACUUUCUCAGCUGGUAAACUGCUCUCUCCAGACCUUGGGCUUGAUUUCGACAGCCAAACCAAGUUUUAUGAAUGUGUCAAAGUCUCAUUUUGUGUCAGCACUUACGGUUGUUUUUGUCAACUCAAAAUCAUUAUCAUCGAUCAAAAUUGAAGAUACACCAGUGGAUGAUCCUUCACUGAAGAUUCUCGUGGCCAAUAACAGUGACACUCUAAGACUCCUAAAAAUGAGUAGCUGUCCUCAUGUUUCAUCUGAUGGAAUCCUUUGUAUAGCUGACCAUUGUCAAGGCCUUAGAGAAUUGGCAUUGAAUUAUUACAUUCUAAGUGAUGAACUUCUCCUAGCCCUUUCAAGUGAAACUCAUGUUCGCCUUGAACAUCUUCGAAUUGAUGUUGUGAGUGAAAAUCCUGGACAGGUUGAAUUUCACACUAUUAAAAAACAAAGUUGGGAUGCACUUAUUAAACACUCCCCUGGAGUUAAUGUUGUUAUGUAUUUCUUUUUAUAUGAAGAAGAAUUUGAGGCAUUCUUCAGAGAAGAAACCCCUGUUACUAACCUUUAUUUUGGUCGUUCGGUAAGCAAAGCAGCUCUAGGCCGGAUAGGUCUUAACUGUCCACGACUAAUUGAGUUGGUGGUAUGUGCUAAUGGUCUUCAGACUCUUGACGAUGAACUUAUUUGCAUUGCUGAAUGCUGUAAAAACUUAACAGCCUUGGGCCUCAGUGAAUGUGAAGUGAGUUGCAGUGCAGUCGUUGAUUUUGUAAGACGGUGUGGGAAAAGGCUGACCCACCUCUCCAUAAUGGAAGACGUUUUGAUCCCUGAUGAUAAUUAUAACUUAGAUGAAAUUCACACUGAAGUCUCCAAAUACUUGGGAAGAAUAUGGUUCCCUGAUGUCCUACCUAUCUGGUAAUUAGCUACCAAAGAUUCUUAAUUUUUUUUUUAUUGGUAAGAUAAGCUUCUUUCUGUCUAUGCAAAUGUAAAUUUUAAGAUGCAUUGUUGAAAUAUUUUAGGUAAGGUAUAUUAACAUUUGCAAACUGUCUUAAUGGAUUGCAGCAAAAACAUUUGAAAAAAAAGUAGGAGAAAUUUUAAGAGCGAGAAAUAUCCAUAAACAGGGCUUAGAUCCUGUAUUGUAGAUUAGGUAGCUGAUAUGCUAAACCCUAUCAAUGGUUUGUAGAUGAGUUCCUCAGCCUUCCUCGAAGGGAUAUUUUAGCUUGCUAAAUAAAUUUAUAAUAUUGAGCUUCGGAUCCCUAAAUUAUGAUGUUUAUAACUUUAUAUUGCUUUAAUUACUUCUCUUUUAUCUUGGUAUUAGUGUGUUUUACAAGAUAUGUAGUAUUAAAAACUAAGAGUAAAAUAAAAGUAUAGUUACAGAGGCUGA